AUGGGAGAUUUAUCUAGACAAAGAGAUUAUAUUGCAAAGUGUAUUAAUGUUAUUACACCUAAGUAUCAAUAUAAAGUACAUAAUAGCAAUAGAGGACCUAAACAUUCAUUUUCAUUCGAGAUUAACAAUAUUAAGCAUCGUAUCUGUAAAACAUUCUUCAAGAACACGUUGGCCAUUAAGAAUCGACCUAUUGCAUCUGUAAUAGCAAAAAAGAACCAAGCGGGAACGAUUGAAGAAGAAAAAAUGGGUAAACAUGGAAAACAGUACAAAAUAAGCUCAGAUAUAAUUAAAGGAAUAAAAAACCACAUAGACUCAAUCCCAAGAAUUGAAUCUCAUUAUGUAAGACAACAAACGACUCGUGAAUUUAUUGAUGGGGGUAAAAACCUUACAGAUCUUUAUACCGACUACCAAACACAAUGCUUGAGUGAUGGUGUUGAAGCUGCUAAAAUUCAUACAUAUAGAAAAGUGUUUAAUGAAGAUUACAACAUUGGCUUUCACACACCUAAAAAAGACCAGUGCGAACUAUGCAUUAGCUUUAAAAACGCUGUUGAUAAAACAAUAGAAUUACAAAACAGAUACGACCAACACCAGCUUGAAAAGGAAUUAUGUCGCCAGGAAAAGUCAAAUGACAAAACAAUGGUUAAGGAAAACUACAUUGUUGCCUGUUAUGACCUCCAGGCAGUGUUGCCUCUUCCGAAAGGAGAUGUUUCUACUUUAUAUUACAAGUGUAAGCUCAAUAUUUGUAAUUUUACUAUAAUGAAUUAG